CACUAAUUAAGCAAGUACGUAGUACGCCUCCACUCCACUAGCACUAGCUAGGUGAAACGAUAUGGAAUUGCAGAUGUGCUCUUCUUCCUCCUCCUCGCAGCACGCACGGGUGGCUGCUUGGGUGCUCCUACCGCUGCUUUGCUUUUCCAUGGUGUUAUCCACAGCACACGGAGGAGAGUCUCGCAAGGUUUAUGUAGCUUACCUAGGCGACGUUAAGCACGGGCACCCGGACGAGGUCGUCGCCUCGCACCAUGACAUGCUCACCACUCUUCUCCAAAGCAAGGAGGAUGCUUCGGCCUCCAUGGUCUACAACUACAAGCAUGGUUUCUCGGGCUUUGCCGCCAUGCUCACCGCGGACCAAGCAACAAGGCUUGCAGAGUUUUCGGGAGUCAUCAGUGUUGAACCGAGCAAAACAUACAGGACCACCACCACACGGAGCUGGGACUUUCUUGGACUCAACUACCCGUCCUCCCAUACGCCGGCCAGUGAGCUACUCCAGGCAAGCAACUACGGAGAGGAUAUAAUCAUCGGUGUGGUUGACACUGGGAUCUGGCCGGAGUCGAGAAGCUUCAGCGACCAAGGGUACGGGCCCGUGCCAUCAAGGUGGAAAGGAAAAUGCCAGGUUGGGCCAGACUGGGGCAGCAACAACUGCAGCCGAAAGAUCAUUGGCGCACGGUUCUACACCGCCGGGGUCCCCAAAGAAUACUUCGAAGGGGCACCACUCUCGCCACGGGACCAUGCCGGCCACGGCACACACACGGCCUCCACCGCGGCUGGCUCGGCUGUGGGGCAGGAAGCUGCCAGCUUCCAUGGCAUUGCCGCGGGGGUCGCACGGGGAGGCGCGCCACACGCUCGCAUCGCAGUGUACAAGUCCUGCUGGAGCAAGGAGGGCCACUGCCCCACGCCGGCCGUGCUAGCCGCCAUCGACGACGCCAUCCAUGACGGGGUGGACGUUCUGUCAUUGUCCCUGGAAAUGAGCGAGAACUCAUACGGUACACUACAUGCGGUCCUGAAGGGGAUCGUCAUGGUGCACACCGCUGGCAACGCUGGGCCGCAUAUGCAGACCAUCAGGGACACCUCGCCGUGGGCCAUCACCGUCGCGGCAACCAACAUCGAUCGCUCGUUCGAUACAGUGAUCACGUUGGGAAACAAGCAACAAAUAGUGGGACAAUCUCUCUAUUACCAAGGGAAGAAGGACUCAUCAUCCAGGAGCAGUUUCGGAAAUUUUGCAUGUUUACGAUCUUGUACCGCAGAGGUUUUUGACGGCGCCCAAGACCUGAAAGGGUUGAUCCUCCUCUCUUCUAGUUUGCCAAGUGCUUGGUUGUCGGCAUCCAUUUCUUCCAGCGGCUUCCAGGGGUAG